AUGGCGACCAAGGAUGUAUUUGAUGGCUCGACAGACGAGAAUGUCACUCUGGAGGAUAUGGGAUACGAGCAAGAAUUCAAACGAUCAUUCAGUUUGUUAGAUAUGGUGGGCUUCAGUUUCAGCAUUGUGACCUGCUGGACAGCCUUAAGCGGUGUCUUCAUCAUUGGCAUCCAGGCCGGUGGCCCGCCUAUCAUGAUUUUUGGCUGGAUCGGGGUCUGUCUGUUCACAAUGCUCAUUGCCCUAGCCAUGGCUGAGAUGUGUUCGCGCUGGCCAGUAGCUGGGGGCCAAUACUCAUGGGUGGCAAUGCUAGCACCGCCUCGCGUUUCCAGACAGCUAUCAUAUAUCACUGGGUGGUUUAUGUUGACCGGACUUCUCGCCAUGGGUGCGGUCUGCAAUUCUUUGGGAUCGAAUUAUAUCCUGGGCCAAGUUAACCUGGUCUUCCCAGACUUCAUCAUCCAGCGCUGGCACACUGUCCUGGUUGCCUGGGCAUUGGGGUUAUUUUCUCUCGCCAUCAAUGUAUCAGCACCACACGCUCUGCAUCGUCUAUCCCGCUUCAUCCUGGUGUGGAACAUCGUCUCAUUUAUCAUUGUGAUCACCACACUGUUAACAACCAAAGAUCAGAAGCAAGAUACAGACUUUGUCUUCCACGAGUUCCGGAAUAUGACCGGCUUUGACGCUCCUAUGGCCACUAUCGUGGGAAUUCUACAAAGCUUCUUCGGCAUGUGUUGCUACGAUGCACCGAGCCAUAUGACAGAAGAAAUGACCCACGCCAGUCGGGAUGCACCGAAGGCAAUUAUCAUGUCGGUCAUCAUGGGAGCUGUAACUGGAUUACUCUUCCUCUUGACACUGUGCUUUUGCAUGGGUGAUAUCGAGGCAACAGCCAAUUCAAGCACCGGGGUUCCCGUCAUCCAGAUAUUCUACGACUCGACCCAAAGCAAAGCUGGGACCUGCAUAUUGGCGAGUAUGAUCACUCUUAUCAUCAUGAUGUCGUCUGUCGGUCUUACCGCUGAAGGGUCACGAUCAGUAUAUGCUUUUGCGCGAGAUCGUGGGCUGCCGUUUUCGGGCUUGUGGUCUCAAGUUGAGCCGAAGAAGAAGAUACCUCUUUACGCCAUUCUUCUCACUGUGGGAGUGCAGCUAGGCCUGAAUGCAAUUUACUUUGGGACAGAGACGGGGUUUGCAACGGUAAUUUCGAUAGCUACGACGGGAUUCUAUGUUUCUUACAGUCUUGUCCUGUUUUCCAGACUACUUGGCUAUUUCUUCCGUCCCCAAUCUCCUUCCUUCGACGGACCAUACUCAUUGCCGCUUCCGGUGUCACUCGGUUUUAGUGGUAUUGGCUUGCUAUUUCUGUUAUUCGCUUCUGUUACAUUCAAUUUUCCCUCCGAUGCUCCGGUCACCUCCGAAUCAAUGAAUUAUACCAGUGCAGCUAUCGGGCUGUUGAUAUUGCUCAGCCUUGUGACUUGGUUCACUACUGCAACAAAUCGGUUUGCUGGGCCUUCGGAUAUCAGACAUUUGAUUGUCGAUGGUGUAGAAAGCCUACCGGCACUACAGGCCGCGGAUAAUGUUGUUUCGGGGACGAGCAAGGGAGAGGGAGAGUAA